AUGAAGCACCUCGGUGCGCUCCAGGUGGCUGUUUUCUGCCUGGUUGUCACAUUCCAGAACAUAGUUUGCCCGCCCGUCGAUCCCAACAAUCAGGAUCCGGGACCUCCACACGAAGUCAACAAUGAAACAGAUCCCGCAUUUAACCUCGAGUAUGGUCGAUAUCUUGCCGAAGUGGUCAAAGUUUUGGAAUCUGAUCGCGACUUCGCGAAGAAGCUCGAGAACGCUUCACGAGACGAAAUCACGAGCGGCCACGUCGCGAAGCACCUCGACUUGGUUGACCACAAGAUUCGCACGAAGCUCGAUGAACUGAAGCGGAUCGAAAUCGACAGGCUCCGAAAACUGACUCAGAAAAAAAAUGAGCUCGAACAUGGAGUAUACCGUGAUGGUCGGUUUUGGAAAUCGGUGAAAGGAGAAGGUAUCGACAGGACUCACGUCAUAAACGAUCACGUCGACAAGGACAACCAUCACACCUUUGAAAUCGAUGAUCUGAAGAAGCUCAUACAGGCGGCCACUCGUGACCUCGAGAAGCUCCAUGAGGCUCAGAAGGAGGAAUUCAAGAACUACGAGAUGGAGAAGGAGUUUGAGUUUCAACAAGGCAUCAAGAACAUGACCGAGGAUCAGAAGAAAGACGAACUCAAGAAACAUGAAGAAGAGAAGCAUCGGAAACAUCCCUCAGCUCACCACCCGGGCAGCAAGGCUCAACUCGAGCAAGUCUGGGAAGAGGAAGACCAUAUGGAGAAACAAGAUUUCGAUCCAAAAACUUUCUUCGCCAUGCACGAUCUCAAUGGGGACGGAGUACUUGAUGAACAGGAGAUCGAGGCUAUUCUGCAGCUAGAAGCAAAAAAGAUGUACAUGUCCGAUCCUCAACAUCCGGGAGACCCCAGAGAAAUGGAGGAAGAGCUGAACAGGAUGCGAGAGCACGUCUUCAAGGAGGUCGACAAGGACAAGGAUGGGCUCAUCUCGAAGAAAGAGUUCCUCGAGAUGACAGAGGUCGAUUCUUUUGACCGCGAUGAGGGCUGGAAGGGUCUCGAUGAUGAGCAGGUGUACACCCAGGAAGAGCUCCAGCGCUUCAUGCAGAUGCGAGAGCACGAAAUGCAGAUGCAAAUGGCUCAGGGCUACUAUCCGGGCGCUCCUCCCAACCUUCAGUACCAUCCGGGAUACGCGCCACAAGGACCUCAUCCAGGCUAUCAGGGCGGCCACCAGGGCGCUUACCCACCUCAAGGCUAUCCGCAGCAGGGAGGUCAUCCGCAACAAGGCUAUCCGCAGCAAGGAGGUCAUCCGCAACAAGGCUAUCCGCAGCAAGGAGGUCAUCCGCAACAAGGCUACCCUCAGGGAGCUCAUCCCCAGCAGGGAUACCCUCAGGGAGCUCAUCCCCAGCAGGGAUACCCUCAGGGAGCUCAUCCCCAGCAGGGAUACCCUCAGGGAGCUAAUCCCCCACAGGGGUACCCCCAACAAGGCUAUCAAGCGCAAGGAUACCAGGCCUACCCUAAUGCUCCACCUCCCCCCGUGAAUAAUCAGCAGCCGCCCCAAAUCAACCCGCAGAUCCCAGCGAACGCUCAGCUGGCCCAUCACCAACAACAGCAAGUGCACCAACAGCUGCCGGCUCCGAAAGUUGUUGCCGGACAACCCGCCGCCCCGCCUCAGCAGCAACAAUACAAACAGCCUCCGACUCAGCAACAACAGCCCCGAUACCAACAAGCCCAACAACCUUCCCAAGGUCAACAAGUACAACAGCCUGCGCAAGCUCAGGCGAAGGCUCCGGUAACUCAAGGCAACAAUGCCCCCGUAGUCCAACAGCCGAGCCAACAAGCCCGUCAGUGACGCGGAGACGGACGAUCAAAAAGGCGCACAGAACCGAAGGCGUAGAGAAGACUCCAGGUCUUCAGAGCUGAUUUUUCGAGGCAGUCUCUUUUACCCGUUUCCCCUCGUCGACGCUUCUCUUAGCUCUUCCUGGAGACGUCUUCUCUCUCUUGGAAAAACCCGGGAAAGGAGAAUAGACGCUCCUUUGAGAGCUUCGAUGCAAUCGAAGCUGAAAUAGACAACUUGAUCAAUUCUCGAUUUUGAGUGAGCCGACCGCGAUGGUAUCGAUCAGCGUGAACAGAAUUCAUUCAUUCCUUGAAGCUCCGGGGUUAAUUUGUCUGUUGGAGAUCCUAGCGAGAAGAUUAAUUAUUAUUGAUGAUUAACGCAGCGAAUGAGGCAUUUAUUCACAUCGCGUUUGAGAUUCACUGCGAAAAAAGUUUUGACUGGGACUGGAUUCACAGCCCCCGUGGAUAACUGGACUUGGUGGCUUACGUCUGCUUAAUCGCUCUUACCUCAGCUCAAGUCAACUGGUGAUCGAUUCCGAAGAUGCGAUGUGAAGAGUGUAGCCCUCGUGCUGUGUUGCCAAUGUUUGAUGGUGGUUGAUGUGAUAUGCCCAGCUUGAACAUGACUCCGAAAACCAAUAAACAGAACCGGAUUCUCAAUUCGAAGACGAUGGCGAGUCCUGGAGAGG